UCACAAAAUUAGCAAAUAAAGCGGCGGAGUUGGGGCUUCUUUGUUGAUAAAGAAUACUAUGCCACUGCCUAAAAGCGCAUUUAGAGCAUCAUGGCCUGAACUAGCUGUGGAGAUUUGGGUUAACAUUUUAACUUACCUUCCUGUUCCGGAUAAAAACAGCAUUCGUCUUCUCAGCAAACACUUGAGAGACUUAGUGGACCUUCCAGUUGUGUGGAGAGAUGUUUGUAUUAAAAUUGACAUUCUAAAAAGAGAUCCAAAAUGUUAUGCUCAUCAUAAAGGGUAUCAAGAAUUGUGUCGGAAGCGUCAGUAUAAGAAAAUACUUCUAUUGCUGGAUCUCCCAACUCAAGGAGAGUAUACUUGGUAUGCUAAUUCUUGGGCAAUGAACUCAUUUCAUUUGUUAGAAAGUUUACAGAACACUUUCCAACAUUUGAAUGAAAUUACAGUAAGGGGACAGUAUUCUUACACAAAAACUUUUGGGGAUAAUGUUUCUGUUCUCGAGCAUUCCGGAGAUUUUGAGAUUCUAGACAAAGAUGUGGAAGCUGAGUUUUGGAUGCAACUUUCCCAACUUUUCAACAAACUUGGAACAAUACAGAAAUUGACAAUUGAUUUGCUGCUCAUUGACAUAAGGAGAGAGGAUUGGCCUCAGAGGGGAAGAUUUGGAUAUACAGAACCAGAGGCAAUACAUGCAAUAAUGAUGGGGUUGAAAACAUUGCUUAUUGAAAUGAAUUCAUUGACACAUUUUUCUCUGCAUCUACCUCCAGUUGAAGAAUUUAGUUCAGAGGCCCAGAGGUUAUUCCUUCCUACUUAUGAAGAUAAAUGUGAACCACUAAGACUGGAACAUCUAGAUGUACGGCACACUAUAUCAGGUCCACCAAAUGAACAACAGAUAGCAAUGUUACCACACCUGAAGUCGUACUCAGCAUCUCCACUGUGUAGCUUAGACACUGUUUAUGAAGAUAAUAUGGAAAUUCAAGAUUACGGCAAAUUGUCGAAUUUGAAAGAACUUAAUAUAAAGUGCACCUUAGUGGGACUUGGGUUACGCAAUAUUCAGGGCAAGUACUCUGCACCAGUUUUGCCGCCUGACUUAAGCACUUUACAUAUGAGUUGUUUCGAUGGAUACUCAAAAAUAGAUGGUGACCUCCGGGAUCUAGUAUCACCAUGUCACAGAAAUCCAUUGGCUUUUAAUAGAAAUCUAAGGACCCUUAACAUAGACAUAAUUACACCCAUUAAAAUGGUGUUUAACAUUCACUCAUUGAAAACAAUAAUCAGGAAGGUUCCAUACGUCCAGGUCUUACACAUACGAUAUGUAGCAGGUAGCGAUUUGUCGUCGGAUUAUGAAGUACAGGAAAUGGGAGGAUACCGGUACUUUUAUCAGCAAUUUCGGAAAAUCUCAUGGAAAGAACUCUUCAAUCUGAGGCAAUAUUCAGAGAAUAUCACAGAACUACACCUGAGCUAUGUUAGCAAUAUGCAAAUAAUCGAUCGAACAAUAAAGCUUGGCCCUUUGAGUGAAAUGAUAGCCAAGGGGGUCUUGAAAUCCGAGUCGGAUGUUAAUGUUACAAUAAAUGACUGUAGUGGAGGGGUUGGAGAACUCACUGUAACACCAAAGGACAAAACGAAUGAGUCAUUACCAUUCAAAAUAACAGUGGAUUGUAAUGUUGUCAGUGUUUAUAGGAAACCUAUUGUGACUAGGUAUAAGGCUAGGCCAGCUCUGAGACCAAAAAUCCAAACACAUUGAAGUGAAAUAUACAUGUAGACUGAUAAUUAUUUGAAUUUACGUCUUGGUGCAUUUAUCAUGUUUACAUGGUAUUAAAGAUGUAAAAGUAUUAUGGUAAAAUUUUUAAGGUCUUUAUUUGAACCACAUUUUAUUAAUGAUUUUACAAGUUCAAACAAUAAUGAACAAUGCGUUUUAGAUAAAUAAAGUACAUGAUGUAGAUACUUAUUUUUACUUGGUCGAGUUCAAAUAGAUAGACAUCUUAUAUGCUCAUUGCUGAUUUAUAAAAUAACGCAAAAUUAAUACUUAGGUGUUCACCAUGAAAAAGAGACAUCCUUUCUUCAAAUUUAUCUUCAUAAGAAAUUAUUUGUCUAUGCGCAUUGACUGUACCUCUUAGCUGUAUUAGCAAUUUUAUUUUCCCUAUUUAUGAUACUUUACUACUUUUACUUUAUUUUGUAUUGUAAUUUAUUUUAUUGAAUAAAUGUGUAAUUAAUUUUAUUCAAAUACU